CCACAUUUAGUCCAUAUAGAAUGGCAUCCUCAUCCUCUCUUAAUCCCAUCUCCUUAUUCUCAUGGGCAGCAGCCUUUGUUUCUCUUUACGCUACUUGUACCAUUAUCGCUAUCUUUCUAAUAGUGCCAUCUUCGUCAAUUUUGGAAACAGAAGUGAAGACUCUCCUUGAUAGUGGAUGGUGGAACUCCACCGCAACUGCAGGCAACAACACCCCCGGCUUUGGCUACGGUUUAGGUCACUGCAAGUGGGGUGGCAUAACCUGUAAUGACGCUGGUAGUGUCACUGAAAUUUCCCUUCCUUAUUCUAUUGACAACCUAAAUCUGAACCCUCGCAUGAUUAACUUCUCUUCUUUCCCAAACCUGGAACUUCUAGAUCUCAGUGGGAAUGAUCUCCAAGGGAGUAUUCCCUACGAGAUUGGUGCUCUACAGAAGCUCAAGUACCUCAAUCUGUCCUAUAAUAAUUUUUAUGAUGAGUUGCCACCUCUUUCCUUCUCUAACCUCACCCAACUAGUGGACCUCGAUCUUUCUUACAAUGCAUUCAGCAUCUCCAUUCUCUCACUCAUGAGCAAUUUGACAAAUCUAAUUUCUCUAAAUCUUAGUGACAACAUUCUUGCAGGACCAUUCCCUUCAUCCCUUGCUCUCUUGAAGAACCUGAAGGAGUUGCACUUGGGUUCUAACAACCUCAUUGGUCCACUCCCUUCUUCUUUGGGCGAUUUAAUGAAUUUGACGUCUUUAUUCAUAUAUAGUAAUCAUAUCGAUGGUUCAAUCCCACCAGAGAUCGAAAGUUUGAAGAAGUUGGAGCAUCUAGACUUGGGUUUUAACAAGUUCCUGGCUCCAAUUGCUCCUCUAGGUCAUUUGAUCAGUUUGAAGACUCUUCAACUCCAUUUUAACCAAUUAAGUGGUUCCAUCCCUCCACAAAUAGGGAAUGUGAGGAAUUUGUCUAUUUUGAACCUUGCGGACAACAUGCUUAGAGGUCCAAUCACCCCUUUGUGUCAUUUGACUAAUUUGGAGAUUCUAAACCUUGGUUCAAAUCAAAUAAGUGGUUCCAUUCCUGUAGAAAUAGGGAAUUUGAAGAAUUUGGAGCAGUUAUCCCUUGAAAACAACAUGCUCACAGGUCCAAUCACCCCUUUGUGUCAUUUAACUAAUUUGGAGAUUCUAAACCUUGGUUCAAAUCAAAUAAGUGGUUCCAUUCCUUUAGAAAUAGGGAAUUUUAAGAAUUUGGAGCAGUUAUCCCUUGAAAACAACAUGCUCACAGGUCCAAUCACCCCAUUGUGUCAUUUAACUAAUUUGGAGAUUCUAAACCUUGGUUCAAAUCAAAUAAAUGGUUCCAUUCCCUUAGAAAUAGAAAAUUUGAAGAAUUUGGAGAAGUUAUUCCUUGAAAACAACAUGCUGGUAGGUCUUAUUGCUCCCCUAAGUCAUUUGACAAAUUUGAACAUUUUUUCCAUUUGCAAUAAUAGCCUCACUGGCCCAGUCUCUUCAGCCUUUGCUCGUCUAACCAAUUUGACAUACUUCGACCUUUCCUCAAAUAAACUAAACGGUACCAUACCACAAGAGCUUACCCAAUUAACCCAACUUGAGUACCUUAAUUUGUCUUCGAACAAACUUAUUCGCGAAAUACCAAGAAAAAUGGGAGGACUUUGGAAUCUUGUUCGUCUAGACUUCUCACAAAACAACCUCAGCGGGCACAUCCCAAGUGAUCUGAAAAAUUGCUCCAAAUUAGAAAUGCUACUAUUGAGUAGAAAUUUUUUUAGUGGAACUAUUCCACCGUGGAUUGAAGAACCUCAAAGUUUAACUACUAUUGACCUUAGUCAUAACAUAAUAAGUGGAGGGUUACCUUUGAAACCCAAAUAUCUGGAAUCUUAUGUCUUAUUGAAUCUCUCCCAUAAUAAGAUCUCUGGAACCCUUCCAUCUUAUAUUUGUCAUUCAUUUUUCAUUGACUUAUCGUAUAAUGCCCUCAAUGGACCAAUAGAUGACUACUGUUCGUUUAAUUAUGAACCCAUGCGACUAAUUGGCAACAAGAAUUUGUGUGGUAAGAUGAGACCUUUCCCUCCUUGCCUUCCAUCCCCUACACCCAAUGGCUUCAUGUACAAAAUAAGGAGAAAUAUAGGAAGACACCAAAAGUCCAUUUUUAUUCCCAUCGGCAUAUUCCUAUCUCUCCUUGCUCUUGGAUUUGUUUUCCUAUCUCAUCGAAAGGGAAAGAAUACAAAAAAUGAAGCAAGUGUCAUUAAGAAUGGAGACAUAUUUUCGAUAUGGAAUUAUGAUGGUAGGAUUGCAUAUGAAGACAUCAUUGAAGCAACAGAGGACUUCGACAUCAGAUACUGCAUCGGGACAGGAGGUUACGGUAGUGUUUAUAAAGCACAAUUGCCUAGUGGGAAAGUGGUUGCUUUAAAGAAACUUCACCAUUUGGAAGCUGAGGAGCCUGCAGUUGAUAAUAGUUUUAGGAAUGAGGUUCACAUGUUAACCCAUAUUCGACAUCGAAACAUUGUGAAGCUUCAUGGAUUUUGUCUACAUAGACGAUGCAUGUUUUUGAUUUAUGAGUACAUGGAAAGGGGGAGCUUAUUUUGUGCCUUGAGGGAUGAUGAUGAAGCAGUGAAGCUAGAUUGGAUUAAGCGCAUCAACAUUGUUAAGACAACAUCACAUGCUCUAUCUUACAUGCACCAUGAUUGCAUCCCACCGAUUGUUCAUCGAGACAUAUCAAGCAACAACCUUCUUUUGAACUCUCAAUUUGAGGCUUUAGUGUCGGACUUUGGUACUGCCAGGCUAUUACACUCUGAUUCAUCCAAUCGAACAAUAGUUGCAGGCACUUAUGGAUAUAUUGCACCAGAACUAGCCUACUCCAUGGUUGUUACAGAAAAGUGUGAUGUUUACAGCUUUGGGGUGGUGGCACUAGAAAUAAUAAUAGGUAGGCAUCCUGGAGAGCUGCUUUCCUCAUUGUCAUCUCCAUCUACUAAAUACAUAAUGCUCAAUGAUGUGAUAGACUCACGCCUUUCACCUCCAACCAAUCAGCUAGUUGCCAGUGAGCUUGUUCUUGUUACAAAACUUGCUCUUACUUGUGCAAAUGCCAAAUCAAAGUCGAGGCCAACAAUGAAGACUAUCUCUGAGGAACUUCUUGGUCAACAGAAGCCAUUAACCAAACCAUUUCAUGAAAUUUCAUUGUCGCAAUUAUGGAACCAAUAAAUUUGUUUGGUAUGUGCAAAUUGUAGUAGUUAAUGAGUUAAAAUCAACAAUGCUCAUAUUAUUGUUCUACACACUUGGACUUCAAGUCGAAUAUAAAAAUAAUUGUAUUAUCAAUCUCCUUUUUAGGAAGUAUAACUAUUUUCAUAAGUAGAUGAUUCAUAAAUGAGUAUAUCAUCUUUAGUGACUAA